AUGUUGACAGCCAACAUGUUGCUGUGUGUCCUCUUUGUGUCAGGUGCUUACGCUGCUUGUUUUCCAGCGUUAAACCUUAUAGUUAAAACACCUCGGGAGAUGGAAGCACUGAGUGGAUCCUGUCUGCAUAUCCCAUGUACCUUCAGUACUGUCGGUAACUCAUUAGGGACAUUUGACCGAACAAGACCAACCUUCGGUGUGUGGAUAAUAAGUAACAACCAUUUUGCCGACGAUCCAAACAAUGUGAGCAGCAGCGACAAGGUACAAAUCUAUCCAAUGCGUAUCACUGGAGACCUGAGUCAAAACAACUGCACCACUUUAUUUUCCAGUUUAAUCUCAAGUUACACGAACACAUACUUGUUCAGAAUAGUGAACGAGCCAUUUCUGGGAACAGCUGCUUGUGAUCCUCUUCAAAUAAAAGUUAAAGAUUCUCCUCCGAGCCCCACAAUUGAUAUCUCAGGUGAUGUGAAGGAGAACGUGUCUGUCACUAUAAGCUGCUCCGCUGCAACUCCCUGUCCACACGACCCUCCUCAACUCACCUGGACUCUCCAACAAAACCCCGACAACAUAAUAAAGGAAAACGCAGAUCGGACCUUCACAACUGAAAUCCAGAAGACCUUCAUUCUGUCAGACCAACAUGAUGGAUUGAACAUCACCUGCUCUGCCAGUUAUCCUGUGAAUGAAGGGACAGAUCACAAGACAGCAGAGGAGACAAAGACUCUCAAUGUUUCAUAUGCUCCCAAGAACACCUCAACGUCCAUCAGUCCAUCCUCAGGUUGGGCAACAGACAGCAGGGUGAACCUGAGCUGCUCCAGCACAGCCAACCCUCCCGUCAGCAGCUUCACCUGGUUCAAGAAGAGCAACGAUGGAGCCGUCAGAGUGUCUGAAGGAAGAUGUUACAGCUUCAAUGUGACAGGUGGAGGGGUUUAUUACUGUGUGGCCACAAAUGGUCUCGGUAAUCAAACCUCUUCAGACAUCCAGCUCACUAUAGAAGGUGAGCAUCAGUCUGGACCGGUUGAUGUUGAAGUUAUAGUGAAGAUCCUGGGAAUCAUAAUGCUCGUCAGUACAAUGAUCAUCUUUGAAUGCUGGUUUAGAUCAAGACAUGCCACCAAACCAGUGAAGGACGCAGUAGAAGCAGACUAUGUCAACAGUGUGGUUGAGUUAAAACCAUCCUGAGUCACAAGGAGAGGAGGAAGAUGUUAUGUUCACUAUAAGGUGAACAAA